GCUCAGGAUGCCUAGCGACAGCAGAAGAUAUGUAGAUGGAAAGCUGCAUGGCUCGGAUUGCGGAGGAUGCUGGAGAACAAGACGACAGAUGCGUCUCGCCUGCUGUGGGAAUAUAAACUAAGAGCAAGUUUAAAGGACUCGCUUUGGAGGAUUUUGCCAAAGGGUUGCGGAUGGAGACUGUGCAUUAGUGGUCGUUAUGAUCCGGAGGCUGAUCGUCACUCGUUUUCACGUAGACAGUGAUGACAAAUGCAAGAGAGAUGGAAGAAUUGUGAACUUGAAUGAGUGUUACCAAUUGCAAAUUACCACCUGUUAGUUGAAUAUCAGCAGCUGUAGGACUCUGGCUGGGCCUGAGGGCCAAAACCCUGUACUGGAAUAAAGAAAGGAAGAAAAUUAAAACAUCAGCCCUUAACCAGCAUCUGCAAAGACUCCCCUGCCUCCUUCCCCAUGGCUUGACCUCCAUGCUGUGCUGUGCUGAAGAUCUUUCCCUGGAGGGCUGUUUCUCUGACCUUAGCACAUGGAUUUCAAGACUUCAAAUGAAGAGACAAAGACUGGGAUUUAUUUGCUUCAAGAUGGUAGCGAGGAGCCUUUCAAUAUCCGUCUGCACCUGGCCAAAGAUAUUCUCACCAUUCAAGAGCAAGACGUCAUCUGUGUGUCUGGAGAACCGUUCUACUCGAGUGAAAGAACAGUAACGAUCCGUCGGCAGACAAUCGGAGGGUUUGGGUUGAGCAUCAAGGGUGGUGCUGAACACAAGAUCCCUGUUGUUAUAUCUAAAAUAUCAAAAGAACAGAAGGCUGAACUUUCUGGACUUCUGUUUAUUGGAGAUGGAAUUCUCCAGAUAAACGGCAUUAACGUCAGAAGUUAUCGUCAUGAAGAAGUGGUGCAGGUUCUGCGAAACGCAGGUGAGGAAGUGACUCUGACCGUGUCUUUCCUGAAGAGGACGCCUGCAUUUCUGAAGCUGCCGCUGUGUGAGGACUGCUCAUGUAUUAUAAGUGACCAGAGCAGUGGAACAUCGUCUCCACUGUGUGACAGCGGCCUACAUCUGAACUACCAUCCCAACAACACGGACACAUUGUCUUGCUCGUCUUGGCCAAUGUCUCCGGGGUUGCGCUGGGAGAAGAGAUGGGUGGAUCUUCGUCUCAUCCCCCUCUUACAUGCGCGUCUGUCCCAGUACAUCCCAGGUACUGACAUUUGCAGGCAAAAUGCCUUUCAAGUCAUUGCUGUGGAUGGGGUGUGCAGUGGGGUAAUUCAGUGCCCCAGUACUGACGAAUGCACCGACUGGCUGCAAGCAAUAGCUUCAAACAUUUCUGCCCUCACCAAGCACAACGUGAAGAAGAUCAACAGAAACUUUCCAGUAAACCAGCAGAUUAUAUAUAUGGGCUGGGUGGAGGAGAAGGAACAAGAUUCUGUUCAGGACCGAAUGUACACACCAAAGUUUCUUGCCUUGAGGGGUUCGUCUCUCUUCAAAUUCUCCGCACCUCCAGUCACCACCUGGGACUGGACCAGAGCCGAGAAAAGCUUCACCGUCUACGAGAUCAUGUUCAAGAUACUGAAGGACAAUGAGUUGGUGGACAAGCGGAAGCACUGCUUUAGCGUUCAGACGGACUCGGGCGAGGACAUCUUCUUCAGCGUGGAGCUGGAAUGUGAGCUGCUUCUGUGGGAGAAAGCCUUUCAGAUGGCCACCUUCUUCGAAGUGGAGAGAAUACAGUGUAAAACAUACGCUUGCAUCGUGGACAGUCAUCUCAUGGGACUCACCAUCGAUUUCAGCAUGGGCUUCGUCUGCUUCGAUGCUGCCACAAAGGCAGUGCUGUGGAGAUAUAAAUUCUCUCAGCUGAAAGGAUCAUCAGAUGACGGCAAGAGCAAAAUCAAGUUCCUGUUCCAGAAUCAAGACACAAAACUUAUCGAAGCAAAGGAGCUGGAGUUCUCCAACCUCUUCGCGGUUCUCCACUGCAUCCACGCUUUCUUCGCCGCCAAAGUGGCUUGUCUGGAUCCCAUGUUCGUGAGCAGCCGAAACGCCGCCAUGGCCCCCAUGGUGUCGGCCACUUCCACCUUAACUGCCCCGUCACAGAUAUCCAAGCUCAAAUACACGAGCUGACAGACUCCAGCGACCUAUCUUCUCCUUCCAGACUUUGAAAACGCAGGAUGAGAGGAACCAGCCCUGACGAACGAGUGGACGUCCACUUUGAAACAAACAAUUCAAGUAUGUAACGUUGAAAACCUCGCUAUAUCCUCCAGACGGGAAUCAGACUCAAACGUAAGCCAUUAUGCGAAGAGCUGUAUGAAUUUCGAACAUUUUACCAUUAAGUUUCCAGCUGAAAACCUCUCAGCUGUGGUUACCAGGUCAUUAGAAAAACGGACUCUUUCCCUUUGAUAUUGCGGUAUAAUCUGUUUGCAUUCAAAUGAUAUUAACACUUCUUUGUGUAUACUUUUAGAAUAUUAUUUAAUCUGGUUACUGAUUGGAAUGGACCUGUUGUGAAACUGCCAUGAAUGCAUCAUGUUCUUGAGCCUCUGUUGAUCUGCGUUUUAACAAGAGUAAAACCAGCCAUCUUAAAUAUACAUUUACUCAAAAACUCAUCUUCCGAAUGUCCGAUAGGUAUCCAAUAUUGGCAAUGCGUAACCUGUUAUUUUGGUCUAGAAUGUUUUUAAUUCACCUAAAUUGAACAUCAGUUUUUAAAUCUGUAGAAAAACUAUUAAAAUGGCACCCCGUCUGACUGCCUAGAGAAACAGACUGGAGAAUGUGGGUGUUAUUUUCAUAUUCCUAUUUUGAUACUUUAUUAAAGGAUGAAUCAUGUAAGUGAAGAUGAACUGGAAUUGUAUGGACGUGACUGUAUGAUGCACAUUUGAACUUUCUCAAGGGAACGACGUACUUGCUAAUCAAUGAAGUGAUUGACUUUAUUUAAAUUUUUUUGCCAGUAUCUAAGAUACAUAUAUUAGUGCAUAAACUUUGGUCAUUUUUGCAAAGUCAAAAUAUGUCACUCUUUUAACCUGAUAAAGUCAACAUGAAAUGAAAACAGACCCUAUUUACUUAAAAUUAGUGCUAUCAAACGAUUAAUCUCGAUUAAUCACAGUUUUUGUGUGUACAUAAUAUAUCUGUGUGUACUGUGUAUAUUUAUUAUGUAUAUAUAAAUACACACACAUACAGUUUAUAUUUUGAAAAUAUUUACAUGUAUUUACAUGUCUAUAUUUAUAUUCAUAUUUAAUAUAUAAACAUAACAUUUUUCUGAAAUAUAUGCAUGCAUGUGUGUGUAUUUAUGUAUACAUAAUAAAUAUACACAGUACACACUCAUAUAUUAUGUAAACAAAACUUUUAUUUUGGAUGCGAUUAAUCGCGAUUAAUUGUUUGACAGCACUACUUAAAAUGUAAUUAGUUUAUUAAAAUGGUAAAAACUUACAAUAAGGUCCCAUUAGUUACCAUUAGUUAAUACAUUAACUAACAAUGAGCAAUUUAGUUGUUGUAGUGUUUAUGAAUUUUUGGUCAAUAUUUAACAAAAAAAAAAGGUAAAAUAUAUUUUACGGUGUCCUUAUAUUUACUAUGGAAUUGUUUUUUUUGCAUUAUUACAUGCAACUAACCCUAAACCAAACCCUCAUCUUAAACCUAACCAUAUAGUAAGUAUAUGUAGUUUAUUAAUAUUAAUCAGUAUUAAAUGUAUAAUUACACUGCAACAAGGACAUCUUAAAAUAGUGUAACCAAAAAACAACUGUUCAUUGUUAGUUCAUGUCAGCUCAGCUUUAAAUAAAUAUUAUUAACAGAUACAACUUUGAUUUUAAUAAUGAAUUAGUAAAUCUUGAAAUUAACAUUUAGUAAGAGUAUUAAAUGCUUUAGAAUUAUUUUUGACUGUUAAUUCAGGUAAACUCAUGGAACCUUAUUGUAAAGUGUCUGUUCAUUAUUCAUCAGCACACGUUAUUGCAAAUGAAAAAAAAAUUGCCUUUAUUUUUUGGUUGUUGUCAUCUAGGCUGUUAGUUCAAUUACUUAAACGUUUUUUAAGUAACUGCUGUACUAUAGAUUUAUGCUAUUAACACAGAUUUAAUUUAAGUUUAACUUUAAUGCUGGUUAACACUGAUGAUAUGAAGGUUAUUGGCAAAAAAACUAAAUUGAAUAUACUGUGUAUAUUCAAUAUUUAUGUAGUAAAGUGGGUUAUGUAUACGCUUUCAUGUUGACAAAAUUUCUCCAAACUGUACAUAUUUAAGGCUGCUGUUAUGAUGCUGUCAUUUAACGCAUGCUAGUGUCAUGAACUGACAUGUAGGAUAAAGAUGUGCAUUUAUCGGUCUUUAUCUAGCAUUAUGGCCAAAGCUUUAAAUUCAGCCAUUAAACUUUAGUCAUUUCCUCAUGCUGAAGUAACUGCACAAAAAAAUACAUUAGCUUCCUCAACUACCACCUUGAUUGAACUUAUAAAGUCCACAAAGUGUUUUCCCCCCAAUUUUGUAAUAUUCUAGAAAAUAUAAACCAUUUAUUGCCCGCCAUGCUGCCACCCCAAAGUUAAUGUAGGACCCUACGGAUGGAAUAGUAAAUGUGGUUUUACUAAGAAGCACUUUUGCACCAUCAAAUCAAUCUUAUUUUUGUCAUAACCCUGAUUUUUGUCCUGGUGUUGAGCGUUUAGUCUAUGCAAAAGAGAGAUUUGUGAUUUACCCCAGACUGGGAUAUCUUUGGAUAAAGAUGGGACUGGAAAAGCAGAGGCUGAAAAGCUUUCUUUUAUUUUUAGCAAACUAUGAUUCGUUUUAAUAAAGAUGUAUAGUUAAUAAAGAUUUUAUAAUGUGA